UGUCUGUUUCAUUGUUUAUAGCUUUAAUUUGCUCCUUUCACAGUUUCACCUUCAAGGGUUCCCUGUUUCCUGCUAUGGGUUGGGUUUUCAAGUCCAAAAACACAGUCUACAAGCCCGUGAAGGACGUUGAUCUCGGCCCUAACAGUGAUGAGUUCUAUCUCAGUCCCAACGUCAAAGCUCCCCGUAUGGCUGGAUUUCUUAUUAAGAUUUUGGCAUGGAUUUUGGAGACGAGAAUUUUUGGAGCAAUGCUGGUCUACAUACUGAAGGAUGAAAAUCUAGUUCACAGGCUCAUUUCAUUUGCAGAGUUAAAUGAACCACCUUUAUAUGUUCCAUGCCAUCCAUGGGAAGACCAUGAAGACCAGGAAGUUAAAUCAAUAUCAUCUGAGUCAUCUCCAUCUGAAAAAGUUCAACAAGCAUUGGAAUGCUUUCCUCCGUGUUCACAAAUUGUAGAAAAUAAUCAAUAUAGUUUCCGACGUUGGACAAUACAGGAUUAUUCAAGAGCCUAUAUUUCAGGAGAAAUAACCCCACUGAUGGUUGCAAAACGUUUUUUAGAUUCUGUGUAUGAAUCUUCCAACCCUUCUUUGCAAAUGUCAUUUUUUAUAAACCAAAAUGCUGAAGAUAUUAAGAGGCAAGCUGCUGAAUCAACCCUUCGAUAUGAAAGAGGUGAACCAAUUUCAGUUCUGGACGGAAUCCCUAUUGCUGUUAAAGACGAAAUAGAUUGUACGCCUUAUCCAACUACAGGAGGUACGAAGUGGCUGCACAAAAUAAGACCUUGUAUCAAUGAUGCAUGUUGUAUCGAGCGGCUAAGAUCAUGUGGUGCCAUACUUGUUGGGAAGACCAACAUGCAUGAGCUUGGUGCUGGAGUAAGUGGAAUCAACCCACAUUAUGGGACUACUAGAAAUCCUUAUGAUAUUAACAAGGUCUCUGGAGGCUCUUCUAGUGGAUCUGCUACAGUUGUGUCUGCAGGACUCUGCCCUGUUGCCCUUGGUGUUGAUGGAGGAGGUUCUGUACGGAUGCCUGCUGCUCUGUGCGGUGUUGUUGGUUUUAAACCAACUUUUGGACGUGUAUCUCAUUCGGGUGUUCUUCCUUUCAACUGGACAGUCGGAAAUGUUGGAAUACUAGCAGGGACAAUUGAGGAUGCAUUCAUUGUCUAUGCAGCUAUCAGUGGGGACAUCCCUUCAAAUCAACCUACUGCUUUGUCGCCCAAAAUAAAUUUUCCAUUGCUGAAGUCAACCAACACCAUUUCCAAUGUCAAAAUGGCAAAGUAUGGAGAGUGGUUUAAUGAUUCUAGCGAUGACAUUAAAAAAUGCUGUUACCAAGCUUUGGACCAGCUUCAUGAGCAUUACGGUUGGGAGACUGUAGAUGUGACCAUACCAGAGAUAGAAGUGAUGCGUUUGGCACAUUAUGUGACCAUUGGAUCCGAGUGUAAUACUGCAAUUAGAUCAGAUCUAGAGAAGUUGGGUACUUCAGAGAUAGGGUGUGAUGCAAGGGUAGCACUUUGUAUAUAUGGCUCCUUUAGCAGCAAAGAAUAUUUGACUGCGCAGAGAUUUAGGAACCGCCACAUGCAAUUUCACAAGUGCAUUUUCGAGAGGGCAGAUGUCAUUGUCACACCUACGACAAGCAUAACUGCAUACCCAAUUGUGAAACAAUCUUUGGAAUAUGGUGACUUUGAUUAUGUGAAUGCAGCUGCACUUGUACGGUACCAAAUAGCUGCGAAUUUUCUUGGAUUGCCAGCAGUGACUGUUCCGAUUGGAUAUGACAAGCUGGGGAUGCCUAUUGGCCUUCAGUUUAUUGGGAGACCAUGGUCAGAGCCAACCUUAAUCCGUAUAGCUCUUGCAGUGCAGGGCCUUUUCAUAUCAAGCUACAAAAAGCCAAUGGUUUUCUAUGAUCUGCUCAGAAAGGAUUAAGGCUCAUAACAACGAUAUGAGGCUAAAACAAAAGAUUGACCUGGUCUUCAAAAAGAGGAAAUAUUCUUAUUGAAGUUAUUGAUACUGCCAUUGUUUGGAGCUUUCUCAGUAAAGAAGGAAUAAAGUAAUUACAUGAAGAGUUUGGCACUCUUUUGCAUUGUUUAGAAGUAACCAGAUAUGCACUGUAUCAGCAAAUUGAUGUAUACUCCAAUGGAACUGGCUUUCAGAAUUAUUGUCUAUUAGUAUC